UUCGAACAUUUUAAUUAGCUAUGGUUAAGAUUGAAAUAUGACUUUUUGCGUCAGAUUUACUACUUCUGCCUACAGAUAUCGACAUCAUCACUUUGGUUUUUUGACGAGUGUUACAAACUUCUGAAAAUUGAAUUAAUCGCUGUAAUUAUUUACUUGAACACCGAGGGCGAUGGCGAUUCUGUACGGGCUGGUGGCGCGUGGGACGACGGUUCUCGCGGAGUUCAGUGCCGUCACGGGAAAUACGGGCGCUGUGGUCCGCCGGAUACUGGAGAAGCUCUGCGAUACUGAACCAGCCGAGUCGAGGCUGUGCUUCUCGCAGGAUCGGUACAUCUUUCACAUCCUCCGGUCAGAUGGAUUUACUUUCCUCUGUAUGGCCAACGAUACCUUCGGACAUAUGCAUGAAUUAUGUGGUUCACUAAUGCUGAAGCCUGCUCCCCAUUUGCGAGGAAGAAUCCCAUUCUCGUACUUGGAGGAUAUUCGAAUGAGAUUUAUGAAGAAUUAUGGGAGAGUUGCUCAUGUUGCACCUGCAUAUGCUAUGAAUGAUGAAUUUUCGAGAGUGUUGCAUCAACAAAUGGAGUUUUUUUCUAGUAAUCCGAGUGCUGAUACACUCAACCGUGUCCGAGGAGAAGUUAGUGAGUAUUCAACUGCUGUGGCCCAUGUCGUGAGCCUAUUUCUGGAGAAGAUCUUUGUCACGGGACUUAUUAUGAUACCACUUUUGAUUAGUAGAUAUAAAUUGCAUUCCAGUUGUAGCUGUGCAUGGGAAGCAUUCUCUGUUUCUUAUCAGAUUUGUUUAGAAGUGUUUUUCUCAGAUAAGGUACGUACAAUAAUGGUGGAUAACAUUGACAAGAUACUUGAGAGAGGUGACAGGAUUGAGCUUCUUGUUGAUAAAACAGCAACCAUGCAAGAUAGUGCCUUUCACUUCAGGAAACAAUCAAAGCGCCUUCGUCGAGCUCUGUGGAUGAAAAAUGCCAAGCUAUUCUAUUACCUCUUAACAACGAAGAAAGAAAAAAUGAGAAAUAAAGAGGAGCAGUGGACGGGAGAGGAUGUGCAAGCUGUACGACUGGGAGCAUUGUUUCAGAGCGGUUUUGUGGAGCAACCAACGGCCGUGAAAUCCGAGUCAUCCACAGCAUAA